CAGAGCGCAAGCAGUCAGUUUGCUCGACGCUUCAACACAGGGAACAGCAACGCCAAAAACAAUGCGCGUGAUCGUCCUUGCACUCCUGGUGGCGGCGUCCUCUGCCUGCCGCUAUUACUGCAAAACUUUAAGUGAUGAAACCUACUGUUGCGAUGGCGGGAAAGAUUACAACCCUCCCGAAUACCACGACGGAAAUUGCCCGAAGGUUCGCAGCUUCUGCCCGCGAAUCGAGGGUGGCAGCAGGAGGCCCGACGUGUGCCCUCACGACGGCGCCUGCCAACCCUACGAGAAGUGCUGCUUCGACACCUGCCUGGACCACCACACCUGCAAGCUGGCCGACGAGCCCUCCAGCACCGCGACGCCCACGCUCACCACGCCCACCACGAAGCCUCCGUACGUCAUCGCCAACUUCGCGAGAAACAAGGUGAAUCGAGGAGGAUAAGCCCUGGUGCGGUUUGCUGUCGUUUGCUUUUGUGUUUGUAUAUUAUUAUUAAUAUAAAAGAAAAGAAGU